UCAUCAUAUAUUUUUCUCACACGGCGCUGCCACUUCUUCUCAAAGCUCUGUUCUCCUUAUCUAAUCCAUAUUGUGAGUAGCGGAGCAGAAACGGCAAGAUGAGUCGCGGGGCGGCAGCUGGAGCUAAGGGGAAGAAGAAGGGAGCUUCCUUCGUGAUCGACUGCGCGAAGCCAGUGGAGGAUAAAAUCAUGGACAUCGCUUCACUGGAAAAGUUCCUGCAGGAGAGGAUCAAGGUUGGUGGCAAGGCCGGUGCUCUCGGUGACACCGUCACCGUUACUCGUGACAAGACUAAGAUCACCGUUACCUCUGACAGCAACUUCUCUAAAAGGUACCUUAAGUACUUGACAAAAAAGUACUUGAAGAAACACAAUGUCCGGGAUUGGCUUCGGGUGAUUGCUUCCAACAAAGACAGGAAUGUCUAUGAACUUCGGUACUUCAACAUUGCCGAGAAUGAGGGAGAGGAGGAAGAUUGAACACCCAAUUCAGUUUUUCAUAUGUUUUAGUUUGUCUUUCUUAGAGCCUCAUUAUCUAUUUCAGCUGUUGGAUCUUUAAGACCUGUUGGGAUUGUUUUUCAUCCUUUCUGAAUUUGUUGAGAUUUUUGCUACUUAUAAUUAGAUACCUUCUUUUCAUGUAUUCGAUGCUAUUAAUACAAUGCAGAUUUCGUGCUCCAGUUUGGUGGUA